CCAGCAUCUCUCAAAAGACGAUCGCGAAGCCUCAUCGUCCGCUGCGCUACCCCGACGCUACGUUACGCAACUCCCCAUAGACCCCUAUACGCCAGGGAUACACACUCAGCAUGAGCACGGGCAAGAGGAAAUUUGCCGACUUUGACGGUGAGGCCAGAGGCCAUGGCAAAGACCGGAGUCGAGGUCCAGCCUCUGUGGGCCCAUCUUCGAAGAAGAGCAAAGUGCACAAGGCGAAGCCAGACAACAUGCCUUGGGUCAAGAAGCGCGCGAGGACAAUUGAACGAUUACUGCGGACAAGUCAGGACCUGCCUGCGAAUGUCCAGAACGACCUGGAGAGAGAGCUGGAGCACCACCGUUCGCGGAUAGCAAAGGCUGCCGAGGAUAAGCAGCGCAAGGACAUGAUCUCAAAGUACCACAUGGUGCGAUUUUUCGAACGCAAAAAGGCAGACCGUCUCGCAAAGAGACUACGAACACAACUCGACGCCACCGAAGACGAAGCAGAGAAGAAAAAGAUUGCGGCGGACUUACGCACGGCCGAGAUAGACGGCGUGUAUGCGAGAUUCUUCCCGCAUCGGGAGCGGUACAUCAGUCUCUAUCCUGUCGCCGGGUCAGGCACCGAAGAGGACGAAAAGGUCGACACGAAAACAACUGGCAAGGCUGUCAAGGCUCUGAAGGUCGAGAGGCCGCCGAUUUGGUACGACAUUGAGCGCGCAGAGAGAAAAGGCAUGUCGGCACUGGUGGCUAUCCGGGAACGCAAUCUGAACGCCACGCCUGCAAAGGGCGCCAACUCGACAGAACUGCCAUCCAGGUCGUCUACAAAGCAGGGAGGGGAUCGGCCAGGUCAAGACUCCAAUGCCGCUGGAGCCGCAGCGAAGAGGAAGGGCAAGGGCAAGCAUGACAAGUUAUCGGGGGCAGAGGUGCAGGCUGCGGCCGAGGAUAGCGACAGCGAUGGCGGCUUCUUUGAAUAGACUCGUCGGCAGCGGCCAAUCACGCGGAUUUGUUGAUUAAGUGAUAUCCCAAUGGACGUUUUCAAAUGAGCCACGAAAGUCGCAUUGCAUGCCCGCAUUAAUUCGAGGGUGUUGGUCUGUUGUUGCAAAGGGUGCAGGUUCUGAAAAGCAGGCUCUGGCUUCUGCAAACCUCUCAUGCGGCUGCACCAGACGCUGCAGGAGGCCAACUUGUGCUGCAUCAUCAUUAGUGUUUGGCGGCCUCGUGCAUGCAUGCGCUCCCA